AACCACUCUCAUCAAUCCAAUCGGCCUUGUAUGGGCGAAGGAAUAUGAAUCGCAAUGUCACAGAGCUUUGCAGUCUUCGAUGAUAUACUGCCCGCAUGCGAUCUAUGCCAUUCUAAAAAGAUUAGAUGUAAUAGACAGAGAAACUGCUCGGGCUGCGUAGACGUUGGUGUCGAGUGCCAGCGUCUUCGUCGCGGAAGGACAUCGCGGAAACGAUCUUUCACAAGGUUCGCAACCUCGGUGGCCCACAAUUAGUACCACGGUCACCGCUAAGUCACUGUUCACUAGUGCCACUGGACCACCAGAAACAAUACUUCGCCUGGAAAGACCCGUAGCUCAGCC